UACAGUGCGUUCACCGACUUUACCAGGUGAUGACAGAUAAGCGCUCAACACCAAAAAAUGAUGUGUUUUUAACGCGCCCGAAGUCGGAAUCAGCAUAGAAUGGAGACGCGCCUCGGUCGCUGCCUUUUUAUCAUUUUCUCUGAGUGGAUUUGGCUCUUCAGCACAACUUCCAUCCUGAGCGGAACAAAAGCGGAGGUGAGGUGCAUUCCCUCCUGCCAGCUGCCGCUCCUCGAAGCCUUUUCCCGGGAACUCUCGGCGCUGGAUUUCACUAAUUUUGGGGAGGCGACAGCUGAAGAUUUUGUUGGAUUUACAGAGGGAACACCCACCGCCGGCGAGGACGAAAGGCACAGCGUUGCGGAAUUAACCGCGAGCGAAGAAAGUUCGUCUGAAGUACAAGAACGUUCAGGGGAAAAUAACACUGUUAGUUAUCUGCAGAAGGACUCAUUAGACGGUCACCAGGAACUUUCCCACCCUGAAGUGUUUCAUCCAAGCGCUUCGCGCGGAUCCUCCCCAUCCCCAAGUAAUACAACCCAUAAUGGCACCGGGAAUGGGGAACACACGAGCUUUUACGGUGAAAAUGUGACGGUAAACGAGGGAAUGGAUGUGGCCAGUUGGAGGCGAACGCGAAGUGCCAGGAGCGCAGAGACUUGGUCCGGUUUCAGACCCGAGAGCCUGGAUGACGCCUCGCUGUCCGACCAGGAGGAGUUUCAGCUCACAAGUUCGACAUUCGCUCUCACCGGGGACACGGCUCACAACCAGGCGAUGGUGCACUGGUCCGGACAGAACAGUAGCGUGAUUCUGAUGCUGACAAAAUACUACGACUUCAACUCUGGCAGAGUAACAGAGAGCUCUCUAUGGAGGUCGACCGACUACGGGACCACGUAUGAAAAGCUUAAUGAGAAAGUCGGGAUGAAAACCAUACUGAGCUACUUGUAUGUGAGUCCAAACAACAAACGCAAGAUCAUGUUACUGACCGACCCAGAGGUGGAGAACAGUCUGCUCAUUAGUCUUGACGAGGGGGCGUCUUAUCAGAAACACAGCUUAGCCUUUGAUAUUCUCAGCCUGCUUUUUCACCCCGAGCAGGAGGACUGGAUCCUGGCUUACAGCCAUGACCAAAAGCUGUACGUCUCCGUCGAGUUCGGGAGGAGAUGGCAGCUCGUCUACGACAGCGUCGUCCCCAACAGAUUCUACUGGUCCAGACUGGGUUUGGAUAAAGAUCAGGGAAUGAUUCACCUGGAGAUCAGCGUCUCUGAUGGACGGUCACAGUACAUAACUUGUAAACUUCAGAACUGCUCUGACGGAAACAAAGGCAAGCCCUUCCCUGGAUUUAUCGUCCCUAAUUCCCUCGUGGUUCAGGAUGAGUACGUUUUCAUCCAGGUGCCAGUAGGUGGCCAGUCCGUCCAUUAUGUAUCCUAUAAAAGAAAUUCUUUCUACCCGAUGAAGCUCCCCAAGUACACUCUGCCAAAGGACUUGCAGAUCAUCAGCACAGAUGACAACCAGGUGGUGGUGGCGAUUCAGGACCGGCACCAGAAUGAUUCCUACAACCUGUACAUGUCUGAGUCCCGAGGGCUGUUCUUCACACUGGUGCUGGAGGACGUCGUGAGCAGCGGGGGUCCGGAGGGCAACGUCAUGAUAGAGCUCUACGAGGUUGCCGGGAUUAAAGGGGUGUUCCUGUCAAAUAAAGUUGUUGAGAACCAAGUGAAAACCUAUAUCACGUACAACAAGGGGAGAGACUGGCGUCUUCUUCAGGCUCCAGCAACCGAUCUCCAGGGAAACAAGGUCUAUUGUGAGCAACCUCACUGUUCGUUGCAUCUGCACCUCCGUGUCUCGGAGAAUCCUUACACCUCGGGAAACAUUGUCAGCAAAGAUUCCGCUCCGGGAAUUAUAAUAGCGUCGGGUGUGGUUGGACCUGAGCUGAGCAGUUCCAACGUCAGUAUCUUCAUCACCUCAGACGCCGGAAACACCUGGAGAGAGGUUUUCCAAGAAGAGUACAGUGUGUUUUUCCUGAACCAAGGAGGAUCUCUGGUGGCCAUCCGACACACACCUCUGCCAAUUAGGCACAUUUGGCUGAGUUUUGAUGAAGGCAGAAACUGGGACAAAUAUAGCUUCACCUCCUCUCCGCUCUAUGUUGACGGAGUGUUAGGGGAGCCUGGAGAGGACACCCUUGUAAUGACGAUAUUCGGUCACUUCAGUCAUCGGUCUGAGUGGCAGCUCGUCAAGAUUGACUUCCGUUCCAUUUUCCAACGCCGGUGCACAUCUGAAGACUAUCUGACGUGGCAGCUACACAACGAGGGCGAAGUGUGCAUCAUGGGAAUGAAGAGAAUCUUCCAAAAACUGAAAGCGAAUGUUCAGUGUGUCAAGGCCAGAGAUCAGUAUAUUCCCCAGAUGUCAGACUCCUGCCCGUGCACAGAGGCAGAUUUUGAGUGUGACUACGGGUUUGAGAGGCAGUUUGAUGGGAGCUGCACUCCAGCUUUCUGGUUCGUUCCAUCAGCAUCAACCGGAGACUGCAUCACCGGGGACAGCUUCCUCAACACCACAGGAUAUCGCAGGGCUUUGUCAAACAACUGCACCGAGGGAAGUCUGUUGAAGUACAGCCCCAGGCGACAGAAGUGUCCCAGUCGGCCUCCCAGGGGCCUCCAGCUCUUCGCCAGCGAGGGCACACUGGUGGCGACGUUGGGGAGGAAUGUCACCUUCUUGGUGUUUCUGGAAGAGGGUCUCGGCUCCACGACGAGCAUCAACGUGGACUUUGGCGACGGAACGGCCAUAUCGUACGUAAACAUAAGCUCCAUCGACGACGGGGUCAAGCACAUCUACAGCAGAGUCGGCAUCUAUCAAGUCUCUGCGACGGCGAGCAACGCCCUGGGCUUUGACAGGGUGGUGCUCUAUCUCCAUGUCUCCUGUCAGCUGGAGCAGGUUCAGCUCUCGGCUCCGUCAGUGGUCGUUAAGAACAAAGCAGUAAACCUCACAACGGUGCUACGGCCCAGUAAUGUGGGAACAGUCACUUAUUACUGGUGGUUCGAUAAUAAAACAGAGCCUGUCGUGACCCUCGAUGGGACAAUGUCCUUCGCGUUCUCCAAGGAGGGAAGUCACACCGUCACUGUUCAGGCUUCGGUCGGCAGCACCGUUCAUCAGGACCAAAUGAAGAUGGCAGUUUAUGAUUAUUUCUGGUCGCAUGUUUUGGCCUUUUCCUCCAACCUGGACGGGCUGAACCCCGGCGUGUCCGAGUGGAGGGAGGACAUCGGCAGAGUUGUGAGGAGCUCCAUGGUUCAGGUCACGGGAAUCAGCGAGGACCAGCUCCUGGUCACAGUGCUUCCAGGUCUGCCCACCACCGCGGAGGUUUUCAUCGUGCCCGAGAAGAGGUCGGGAGAAAGAGCCGUGGAUGAGAAGUGGGUGCACCUGCACCAGCUUUCUCAGGUUCUGCUAAGUGCUCUGAACCAAGACCUCAUCCAGUUUACGCUCCGGCCGGGGGUGCAGGUGAACGUGUACGCCACUCGGCUGUCUCCAGCUCCUCUGGUGGACAGCAGCGACGGCGGCCACAGCAGCACUGCAGUCAUCAUGCUCGUGUCGGUCGUGCUCGUGGGCUUGGCCGUCUUUGUGAUAUAUAAAUUCAAGAGGAAGAUCCCGGGCAUGAACACGUACACAGCGGAGCAGCCCGACAAAGAACAGGAGGUCAUCCCGACAGUGACCUCCAUAGCCGUCCCAAACCCUGAGGGGGACAAGCUGACCUCACUUGAUCAUGUGGAUGUACAGCUGGACACAAAAAGCAGAGGCUACCUGCCAUCUCACACAGACAUCAAGCUCUCUGAUGAAGCGCCCCGUGUGUUUUAAUGUUGAGAGUCUAUGACCGACUCGAAAGCAAUACAUCUUCUUUGGCAGUUACUUCCAGCAAGCUAUGAAACCACGGUCACAAUGAAUGGUCUCGAGUGUUUUGCUACCCAUGCAUGGAUGGACCAGUUCACACUGUGCUGCCUAAUCCCUCUGAGGAGACUGUACAGAUUUAUACUUGCUUCUUGAAAAGGAACAAUUUUUGACUGAAAUACUUGUAUUUUUGCAAGGACGUUGAUCUUUUUAUGUAAAUAAUGUACAUCCAUAAUGGAAGAAGUAAAAGUUAUUUGUCUCAGCUGGUUACAGCUGCGCCUGCUCCAAUAUGAAAAUAUCAAACAGCCGUAUGGGACCGAUGUGUAAUAACACCCCCCCCACUCCCACCACCACCACCACCACCAACAACAACAACAACAAAAAAAAAUCUCCUAUCUCUGUAUUUGGACUUGUGUUUGUGAACUUUACUUUAUUUAACAGUGUGGAAAUAGCUUAUCAGAGUAAGACAGUGAGGGAAGCAGAUUCAUUAAGCUCUGUACAAUCAGUACAUCUUAUCACCAGAGGCUCAUCAAAUGAAAGCUUGCAAUAUCCAGGAGAUGAAGGAGGACUCCAAGCUCCGGAUCUGUGUAUUCCAUCAAGGCUGUCUCCUCGCCGCUCAAAAUGUUAUAUAUGUCAUAAGAGAAAUAAGAACAGAAGAUGCUACUAGAUAGGUAGAGGCAGCGGAUGAGGAUCUGGGCAGUCCCUCUUGUUCACUCAAAUAAGUCAUUUUAUUGACAACGAAUGAACCCACCCUUACACGAAAUAUACCCAAAUAAUGUGGCUGAUUAAUAUUGCAGAAGCAAUCUCGUGUGGUCAAUUUGCCCGUUGAACAGUGCAGUGAUUUUUGAACUUGUGCUUCGUAUUUAUUUUGUUGCCAGGAGCAUUUCUUGUACAUUCUGGUUUCUAUAAAGAAAACAAAAUGUAAAUGUAAAUGUUAUGAAUAAUUCCUCUCAGCAACCGCAGAGCGGACGAACACUUGUUGUGAUGCAGUGAGAAAUUAAUUAAAGUGCUACAUUUGCGCUUUAAUUAGGCACUGGAUCAAGGUUGUCUACGUGAUGAUGGAGAUUUACCACGAGUCGUUAAGAGACUCCUUGACUCAGUUGCAAAUUGUUCCGCAUCUUUUCUUUGAACUGAUCUCACUGUGAAGGUUGCGGUGCCUUCUCGCAGGACAACGCUGGAGCUACGCCAGGGUCGACGAAGAAACGAGUUCCUCUUGUUGUUUAUUCUGGCCUGUUUAUCUACCAUGAAGAUACCAGCAUCUACACGUGGCGAUUCCUCGGUUUACAGUAAUGCAGAGGAGCCUGGAGUUUGUUCUAGGUCCCCCUCACCCCACCCCACCCCCCCAAGGACUCGGCGGACAAAAGGCAGCAGAUUUGUUCAUCUCCUGUGCUGCGAGGGACACAGAGAUAGAGAAGACGUAUCUCCUGUCAACAAGGCUCAGCCUACGCACACGGCUUUGGUCAGCUGCUGUCUCUUUGGGAUAAGUACUGAAGUUCUUCUUCAUCAAACUUUUCUUUUUAAGUGUUGUCAGCAUCAUAUGUCAGACAGACAAAUUGACUCGAGGCCUCUCCAUACUUCUUCUCUCCAAACCUCCGAUCGAGCCUGGAGCAUAAAUAAAGUUGUACCGGUCUUCAGGCGAACUCUCUGACACAAGUUUCAUUUUCGUGCUUGAUAUUUAUUUGGCUACAUUUCCCGUCAGAUCCCAGUAAUUAUUAACUUGUGAAUAUGAUUGUGAAACCUACUUGCAUGAAGAAGUUUUUUUUUUUUUUUUCAAGCUCCUUUAAAAAUUUUGCGGGGAAAAAAAAAUAUGUGAACUGCCGUAUUUUCUGUUGGACAACUCAAUCAUUACAAGUGAUGUGAUUAUUUAGUGGGUUGUUGCAGUGUUUUUCAUUUGAUAUCUCGCAGAAGUAACCAUGGUUGCAGAAUAAAGCAGAAACAAUGUG